AUGAGUUUUCUCGACUCCGUUCUCACGUCUCUCCAGACGGGGAAGCCGUCUCCAGCCCCGCUUUCUCAACCACCGGCGCCGCCAGCUACGUCUUCGACUGUUAAGACGGUCGAGCGCAAACCAGCGACUCCCACGCCGCGGCCAGCCCUGAGUGUAAAUGCCAGUGGAGGAAUAAAGCGCAAGGCCGAGGACCAGCUCCCCCGUCCCUCGCGACCUGAAGCUCCAAAAGUCGACACUUCGUCCACUAACAGGGCUCCAGCACCGCCCAGGGCUCUCAGAAUUUUGUCUAAACCGGCCCCGCCCCCCGCUACAAGUCUCAAGCCUGCAUCGCCCAAGCCUGCCCCAAGGAAUGGCCCCGGUGCUGCCACCAAGACUGCACCUGCGAAAUCUGCACCCAUUAAGGCUGUUUCUGCAAAAGCUGCCCCGCCGAAGCCUUCUGCGGCUCCAUCAAAGGCACCACCAAAGGGCUCUUUUGCCGAGAUCAUGGCCCGAGCCAAGGCAUUGCAGGAUCAAGCACCGGCACAAGUUGGCAUGCUACGUCACCAGUCAGUGCCUAAGGAGAGGCUGAGCAAAGUCGAGCGCAAGCGCCGCAUGAUGGAAGCCCAGGCGCAGGAGAAAGCUGCUCGUCGUCCGGGCCAGAAGCCCGCGCCUGGUGCCCUGCCAAUGAAGGGCAACUCAGGUGUGAAAAAGGAAUCCGAGGGCCCUGCCUACAAGGGCACAGCCAAGCCACCACCUAAAGCACCCGAAGGACCCUUGUACCGUGGCACAGCCGGCCUUCCAGGCCGUGGUGGUAAUGAUCGCCGGGCUCACGGCAAGCGUCGUAGGGACGAGUACCUCGGAACAGACGAGGAAGAUGAGGGCGAUUACGGUGGCUACGACGACCAUUACUCUGACGCAUCCUCCGACAUGGAAGCUGGCUUCGACGAUGUGGCAGGCGAAGAAGAUGCUGCGCUUAGAUCUGCACGCAAGGAAGACGAAAAGGAGCUGGCCAUGGAAAUGGCCGCGAAGUUGGAAAAGCAGGAGCGGCAGAGGAAGUUGGCUGCUCUUGCAAACCGAACGAAGCGUUAA